AAUCGGCAUUAAAGUGGUGGCCUCAUUAUAAAUUGAGAAGAAUAGAUGCUUUGAUAUUGACUCAUCCACAUGCAGAUGCAAUCAACGGUCUUGAUGAUUUGCGAGCAUGGACGCUGAAUAAAAUGAUCCAAGACAAUAUCCCCAUUUAUCUGACUCGUAAUACUAUGGAGGCUAUUAAGACGACGUUUCCGUAUAUUGUUGAUAAUAGACAGGCUACAGGUAGUGUGAAUGGGGGUGGGGAUUUACCUGCGUUCACUUAUAAUAUAAUCGAUGUCUCGACCCCAUUCACCAUAGAGGGAUUAGAGUUUAUUCCAUUAGAAGCACAUCAUGGGGUGUACCUUACCACAAAUGAGCCGUAUAUCUAUGUCGGUUUUAGAUUUGACAAUAUAUCUUAUGUUUCUGAUUGUAAUUUCAUUCCCAAGGAAACAUUGGAGAAAAUGGAAGGAAGUGAAAUCGUCAUACUGGAUGCACUUGACCGUGAAAAACAUUCUUCUCAUUUCUCAAUAGGUCAGGCGAUAGAUACAAGCCGAAAUCUCAAUCCCAAACCAAAGAGGACUUAUCUAGUUGGUUUUGCACAUAGAAUAGAACAUUAUUCCCUUACUAGAGAAAUGGAAGAGCUCCAGAAGAAUGAACCUGACUUGUGGGUACGACCAGCCCAUGAUGGUCUGCGCGUUGGGAUGGAAGAAUUACUUCCAAAACAAUCUUAUCUUGGACAAGUUUUACGCUUAAUAUUUGGCGCGUCAAAUUAA